CCUCGUACUCAGGUACGUGCAUUGUAUACUAUCAACGAUGGCUUCGCUUUUGGUUCUCCUGUCCCUUCUAAGCCUCCUAGCCCUUGUUGUGCCCCUUCCUCGAUCGACGGUUUUUCCUAUCCUCACUCAUGCCGUCGCGUUCUCGAUCCCAAUAUUAUUCAGGCAAUGCUCAAGAAGGCGACAAAGGCGCGCGGCGAGCAGAGCCACCACCGGCAGUGGUGAGUAUGGCACCGAAACCACCGGGCUGUAUGGCCUGGACCAUGCUGUUCUCAAUGCUCGGUUGAAAUUUCCGCCGGACAAGAUGUGGAUGAAUAUGGGCUAUUGGAGGGACGCGACAGAGUUGCCAGAAGCAUGCGAAGCCCUUGUAGAACGAAUACUCCAAUCUGCAGGGCUUGUGAACCAGAUGCGGGAAAACUAUGAAUUGCCCGGCCGUAAGGAUUCGGGCUUGGUGAAGAGAGUAUUGCUUGACCUUGGAUUCGGAUGCGGCGAGCAGACAUUAUAUUUGAUGAACAGGACUUUUACAGGGACUGUCGAUACGAAAGGAGAUCGGCAGGAGAAUAUGCCUGCUUCAUUAUUCCAGCGUUACGUGGGUAUCACGCUGGAUAAAACACAAUAUGAGUUUGCAAAUUCCAGAGUAACAGCAUCCAGGCAUCACGACGGGGAGAAUGGGAGGCGCUCAAACCAGACCCGGCCGCAUGGUCCAGAAACCGUCCAGCUGUUUUGCGGGGACGCCGCAAAUCCGUCCUCAUGGUCCAGCGAAUUACGACAAGCCAUAGAUAUCGCUUUUGCGCAAGAAAAGGAGCAACAUGGCAAUCAUCCAAUCAAUACCGAACGAUAUGUGCUCGCUCUCGACACUGCGUACCAUUUUAGACCAUCCCGUCGCGAUAUUUUCCGGUAUACUCACUCGGUGCUCCAUGCUCACUUUCUUGCAUUCGACAUCUUCCUCGCAGCACCUUCAUCUCGUCUAAGAUCAGUCUUGAAUAAUUUGCUUUUGCGGUUACUUACGCCUUCUCUCUCAGCUCCAUUUUCUAAUUUCGUUACGCCAACCACAUACAAAUCACAGUUGCGGGACGCAGGUUAUGCUGAAGAGAACAUUAUGAUAGAGGAUAUCACAGAACAUGUGUUCCCUGGCCUGGCAGACUUUUUGGAGCGAAAAGAUCAGCAAUUAAUUUCAUUUGGGCUCUCUGGGUUUUCCAAGUGGAGAAUCUCGGGGUGGCUAUUUAGAUGGCUGUCUUCUGGGGGUAUACUUAGAGCAGGAAUUGUGGUUGCGAAAUGGGCUGGUAAAACACAGGACUAAUCAUGGAUAAGCUGGAUAAAUCGGUUCUGUUGUCGCCUCGCUAGAACCGAAGGUGGUAAAAGAGGGAUUCAUGGACGGAGGAAGAAUGUUGAAAUCACCGUUGGUAUCUGCUGGGAAGAGUUUGUCCCAUUCGCCCUGGGUAAAUUAUAUUAGUAUCUUGCGCUGUAAGAGUAGUUGUGAAAGUUUUGUGUGUAAGAAUCUUGGUCCUCAGGAUACCCGAAGACAUAGGGCGGCGAUUGCGAUAGCAAGCUCAAGUGCGAAUAAGCGGACAGAUGCUUGCUGCAAUUAGUGGUAUCAUUCGUUACAGCGCUACUUACCCAGUCAAUAU